AUGGCUAUACGAUGUGGUAAUGGAAGGAUGGUACAUACUAGAAGUAAAGUUCAAAGGAAUACUGUGAAAAAGUUGGUGGUUCCAAGUGUGAUUAUUGGUGCUACUGGUGGUAUCAUAUAUAUUAUAGAUAAUACAUUAUAUUCAAGUUUAUUAACAAGAUCAAUUAGAGCUAUAUAUAUAUUAUUAUGGAUAGCUUAUCAAUAUGGUUAUAACAUUCAAAAUUAUGCAUCAAUCGAAGAAUUACAUGAAAUUGCAUCGGAAUCGUUAUUACAAUUACUACUUGAAAAUAAAGGAUUAUAUAUUAAAAUAGGUCAAGCAAUAGCUAAUCAAGGUGAAUUAUUUCCAAUAGCUUAUCAAAAAAGAUUUCAAAGAUUAUACGAUAAUGCACCAUUUGAUGAUUGGUAUAAAAUAAACUCGACGUUAUCCAAAAACCUCGGGGUUAAUUAUGAAACUCUUAAAUUUGAAUCUAUUGAUCAUAAUCCAAUUGCAAGUGCAUCCAUAGCACAAGUCCAUAAAGCAAAAUUAAAAAAUGGUGAUUCUGUAGCUUUAAAAGUCCAACAUCAUUAUAUUAAAAAUCAGAUAGUUGUUGACCUAUAUGUUUAUAAAUUGAUAACCAAGGUAUAUGAGAAAGUGUUUGAUUUACCAUUAAGUAUGUUGACUGAAUAUGUUUCUCAACAAUUACAAAAAGAGACUGAUUUUGAACAUGAGAUGUCUAAUUCAAUUAAAAUGAGUGAUAUAAUUGCCUCUGAUCCAGAUUUGAAUAAUAUUAAAAUACCUAAAAAUUAUCCUAGUCUAACUACUAGUCAAGUAUUGACUGCUGAAUGGAUAGAUGGGAUUUCAUUAGUAAAUAAGCAGGACUUAAUUAACAAUGGAUAUGAUAUUAAAUUAAUGAUGAAUCAAUAUAUUAAUCUCUUCAAUAAACAAAUUUUUAAAUAUGGUUUUAUUCAUUCAGAUCCACAUCCAGCAAAUUUAAAAGUAAAUAGGAACUCAAAAGGUAAACAACAAUUAGUAUUAUUAGAUCAUGGAUUAUACAUUCAAUUAACACCAGGUUUCCGAUUACAAUAUUGUCAAUUAUGGAAAGAAAUAUUUAGUUUAAACACCAAUGGAAUUUCAAAAAUUGGUAGGAGUUGGGGUAUUAAUUCAAUUGAUUUAUUUGCAACUUUGAUUUCAAUGAGACCUAUAAAUAUUAAAAAUGGUGAUAUUAAAUCAGAUACUAGAGAUAUUUCUGACUUAUUAAAAAACUUCAUUAGUGAUGAAUCUAAAUUUCCAAGGGAGUUACCAUUUUUAGCUAGGACAAUGAGAAUGAUUCAAAAUUUAAAUCAAACUAUGGGAUCACCGGUAAAUAGAAUUAAUUUAUUAACUAAUGAGGCUAUAAAUUGUUUAUUUAAUCAAAAACUAUUAUCAUGGUUUGAUUAUUUUGAUUUAAUUAAAAUUAAAAUGAAUCUUGUUAUAUCCAAUUUGGUGUUUUAUCUUAUACGAUUUAAACAAUUUAUAUAUAAAGAUAAGAAGAAUGUUAAAGGAUUAGAAGAUUAUAUAGAAUUAUAUAUGGCUAAUACUGCCAAAUCAAUUGGUAUAAAUUGGAUAUGA